AUGGCCGAAGAAGAUUUCGAGAUCGAUAUUUACGGCGAUGCAGGCAAUGACCAGCAGCAAGACGGCCAGCAGAGCGACAACAACAACCAUGAGUCUCACCAAGAUGAGCACCGACAAGAUAGCCACGAUGACCAGAAUAUGGACGAGCACCACACUCAAGACUCCCACGCAGACCAACGCCGUGAAUCCAGCCAAGCCCUCGGUGGCUCUCAACAAGGAAUUAAGAGAAAGCAGGAUGAGGACGGUCGACCAGUGGAUCAAGCUGCUACAACUUCUUUGAUGGUAUCGGAGUUAAAUUGGUGGAACACCGAUGACGACAUUCGACAGUGGGCGCGCGAAGCCGAUUGCGAAGACGAGAUCAAGGACAUAACGUUUAGCGAGCACAAAGUCAAUGGCAAAAGCAAGGGACAAGUUUACAUUGAAUUCUAUUCGCCUCAAGCGUCAACAGCUACGAAACACUGCAUCGAGCAGGUCGUAGCUGAGGGUCAAGGUAUCCCGAAAAAGGUCACGUUAGCCUACUGGAACCCCAGCAUCAACCCUUUCAAGACCCUCCCAAAGGAUGCGCCAGCUCGAGGCAAGGACCAGAGCCAUGCGCCACCAGUUCCGUACAACAACCGUGGAAACAACAUGGGUGGUAACUUUGGUGGUGGCUUCCGAGGAAGGGGCGGCUACAAUCGUGGUGGCAUGAACCCAACCAACUACAACCGCAACUUCAACAACAAUAACAACAUGGGUGGCUUUAACAACAACAUGGGCGGUGGGUACAACAACCCUAUGGGUGGUGGCGGAGGCAACUUUGGCUUCAACAACCGGGGUGGCAUGAUGGGAGGCGGCAUGCGAGGAGGACCUGGUGGUAUGCGAGGAGGCCGAGGAGGCAUGAUGGGUAUGAACCCUAUGGGUGGAAUGCCUAUGGGUAUGCCCGGAAACAUGGGCAUGGGCAUGAUGGGCCCCAACGGCAUGCCUGGCUUUCAAGGCAUGCCUCCUAAUUUCAACCCUGGUUUUGGCUUCAACCAGAACCAAGGCGGCGGCGGCGAUUGGGGUAACCCUCACGGAGCAAAGAGACCACGACCAGAAUAG